GAAACGGCGAUUUCUAAACAAAAGUUCACUUUCUGCCCUCUUUGAAAGUGGAUUUAAACCAGUUGUAGUUUAAAAACCCCACUCUGCAAGGAUUGGCCAGUAAAGACUUUUUUUUUCCCUUAAGGGGGAUUCAGUGUUACAUAGACUUUCCUUCGCCCAUUCGGAGUGGGCGAUUUUGAGAAAACGACAGAUUACCUCCCAGGGAUUUUUAUUUGGUUUCCAGUCAGAUUCAUCGGUUGUUUAUAUAUUUAUAUUGUUUCGCAACGGCAAAAAUAACCUGUAAAGGAAGAUGUGUGUGUACAAUUUCUUACUUUGUUAAUCCAAAACAACUCUGGUAAAUAUCCUAAUGCACUUUCUAAAGGGUGCUCUUAAUUAUUGCUGUGAAAGAACAGAAAGGGAUGGAUAAGUUAUUUUUGCAUUAGCAUGUUUUCACUAGACUCAGAGAAGGGACACAAGAAGCGAGACUUGUUCUUAAACCUCACUUUACUUCCUUAAUUUCCCUGGCCGGGCAACGUAAAUUGUGCUGUAACACACAGCUACUUUAUAAAAAAAUAACCAAGAAAUGAUACUCUCCAGCCCGCACUCAUACCACUUCGCUUUAGAGAGUUAAACGAUUUAUGAUAGGUUAACAAAUAGUUAUUGUCUGAACAGCCAAUGGUAAUGCGGAUCUAACUCUGACCAAUAGACAGGUACAAUGUGCCGGAGGGGACGGCUCUUGAUUCUCACGUCCAAUAAGAAAAGAGGAAAGGGAAACGCCUAAUUUGCAUAAGGCUUCUAUAAAUAGAGGGGCGGCCGCUACUAUUUCUAUACUGUUAUUGCUGGGUGUUUAGAGAUUGAAGACUAGUCUACGUCGAGUACUUUAAAAUAGAAUAGCUUUUGUCAAGAUGCCUGAGCCAGCAAAAUCUGCUCCCGCUCCCAAGAAGGGCUCUAAAAAAGCUGUGACGAAGACUCAGAAGAAGGGCGAUAAGAAGCGCAGAAAGACGAGGAAGGAGAGUUAUUCCAUCUACGUGUACAAAGUGCUGAAACAAGUUCACCCGGACACCGGUAUCUCCUCUAAGGCCAUGGGGAUCAUGAACUCCUUUGUGAACGACAUCUUCGAGCGCAUUGCGGGGGAAGCGUCUCGCCUGGCUCAUUACAACAAGCGUUCAACUAUCACUUCCCGGGAGAUCCAGACCGCUGUGCGCCUGCUUCUGCCGGGGGAGCUGGCGAAACAUGCUGUGUCUGAGGGCACCAAGGCCGUCACCAAGUACACCAGCUCCAAGUAAAUAGUUUGCUGUGAGACUAUCAACACCUAUAACCCAAAGGCUCUUUUAAGAGCCAUCCA